AACCCAGCAGGAAACCCAGAGGCCUGUUGGAGAGGCGGGAUUGCUUUCUACUUGACCCAAACUCCGGAAGCAGGGACACAAGGACUCCGUGGGUGGAAGAGAGCUUUGUCUUCUACCCUGAAAGGCUCGAAGCUCUGAAAUUGCAAUUCAGACUUCGACCAGCAGAAUGCUGCCUGGCUCCAAGUGGCUAUCUCACCACCUGUGCCUGUCAAGCCUAGAGGCUGAGGUUUCUUCCAUCUUGAUCUUGGCUGGCCUGACUCUUAGCACCUGGAUCCUGGUCCAGGGCCUGGCCUGGGCCCACCGAUAUUAUAUCAACUGCCAGAGGCUUCGGUGCUUCCCUGGGCCCCCUUGUCAGAACUGGUUCCUGGGCCACUUGGGAAUGAUUCAUAGUUCUGAAGAGGGCUUGCUGUACAAUCAGAAACUAGUCUGCACCUUCAGAGAUGUGUGCUGCUUGUGGAUAGGGCCCUGGUGCCCUGUGAUACGUAUCUUCCACCCCAGUUACAUCAAGCCAGUCCUCCUGGCCUCAGCUUUUAUUUUACCCAAAGACGACUUCUUCUAUAGCUUCCUGGAACCCUGGCUGGGGAAUGGAUUGUUGCUGAGUAAAGGAGACAAAUGGAGCCAGCACCGACGCCUGCUGACCCCAGCUUUUCACUUUGGCAUCCUCAAAUCCUAUGUGAAAAUCUUCAGCCAGGGUGCAGAUAUUAUGCAUGCAAAGUGGAGGCGUCUCUGUGCUGAGGGCAAUACUCGCUUGGACAUGUUUGAGCACGUCAGCCUCAUGACCCUAGACAGUUUGCAGAAAUGCAUCUUCAGUUAUGACAGCAACUGCCAGGAGAAACCAAGUGCCUACAUCUCAGCUAUCCUGGAGUUGAGUUCCCUUGUGACGAAGCGUUUCCAAAAGCCACUUCUAUUCUGGGAUGCCUUGUACUCUCUCACCAGCGAGGGAAGGUGUUUCUCUCGUGCCUGUCGUUUGGUGCAUCAUUUCUCAGAAGCUGUCAUCCAAGACCGACGCCAAAUCCUCACCAAACAAGGGACUGAAUCCUUCCUUAGGGAAAAGGGCAAAAGAAAGACCAUGGACUUCAUAGAUAUUCUCCUAUUGGCCAAGGAUAAAGAUGGAAAGACUCUGUCAAACAAGGACAUUCAGGCAGAAGCAGACACUUUCAUGUUUGGAGGGCAUGACACAACUGCUAGUGGCAUCUCUUGGGCCCUCUAUAACCUGGCCCAGCAUCCGGAACACCAAAAUCGCUGUCGCCAGGAAAUAGAGGAGCUCCUGAAGGGCCGUCAGCCAGAGGAAAUUGAAUGGGAUGAUCUGGCCAACAUGCCCUUCCUGACCAUGUGUAUCAAAGAAAGCCUCCGGAUACACCCACCAGUUCCCAUGGUCUCCCGCUAUUGCACCAAGGACAUCCAGCUGCCUGAUGGGCGGGUCAUUCCCAAAGGGAACAUUUGCCUGAUCAGCAUCUUUGGAACUCAUCAUAACCCAGCUGUGUGGCCCAACCCUGAGGUUUAUAAUCCAUAUCGCUUUGAUACCAACAAUGCUGAAAAGAUACCACCCCUGGCCUUUAUACCCUUCUCAGCUGGACCCAGGAAUUGCAUCGGCCAGAACUUUGCCCUGUAUGAGAUGAAGGUUGUGCUGGCCCUAACUCUGCUGAGGUUCCGAGUCUUCCCUGAUGACCACCCAGUCCGAAGGAAGUCAGAACUGAUUCUCAGAGCAGACAAUGGUUUGUGGCUGAAGCUGGAGCCAGUGUUGGGCCCUUCAGGUCCUGAAAAACCCCUCUCAUCAGUCUCUCAGGAAUGAUGGCUAGACAUAUUUUUCUGUCUUUGAACAUGGAAGCCUGUGGUCUACCUGUCUUGCCAGCCAUGUUUACUUUGAUUGUAAUUCUUCUAAAUAAAAAUAUUUCAGCAUAACA